CUGCUAGUCAAUUGUGCACAAUAAUAAAUUUCUCAUUCAGCCAAAGACGUUUAAUUUCCUUUUCUCCUGCGAUAGUCACUUAUAAUCUCAGGCAAGCACCGUCUCUAACGUUUCACCAGAUCUGUCUCUCAGGGAUCUAAAGCAAGAAGGCAAAUGGGGCUGACAUUCACAAAGCUGUUUAGCCGGCUUUUUGCCAAGAAGGAGAUGCGUAUUCUGAUGGUUGGUCUGGAUGCUGCUGGUAAGACCACCAUUCUGUACAAGCUCAAGCUUGGAGAGAUUGUCACUACCAUUCCUACCAUCGGUUUUAAUGUUGAGACUGUCGAGUACAAGAAUAUUAGCUUCACGGUUUGGGAUGUUGGUGGUCAGGACAAGAUUCGUCCAUUGUGGAGGCACUACUUCCAAAACACACAGGGUCUCAUAUUUGUGGUGGAUAGCAAUGACAGGGACCGUGUUGUGGAGGCAAGAGAUGAGUUGCAUAGGAUGUUGAAUGAGGAUGAGCUAAGAGAUGCAGUAUUACUUGUAUUUGCCAACAAACAAGAUCUUCCUAAUGCAAUGAACGCGGCUGAAAUAACUGACAAGCUUGGGCUACACUCACUCAGGCAGCGUCACUGGUACAUCCAGAGUACUUGUGCUACAUCCGGAGAAGGGCUUUACGAGGGGCUCGAUUGGCUCUCCAAUAACAUUGCAAACAAGGCAUAAAGCUGUAUGGAAUUUUUGCGAGUCAAUGCUUGGAGCCACAGUCGGGUUCUUAUCUGGCCUUAUACCUUUAGUCCUUGUGUUUAUGGAUAUUCAUUUUUCAUGUUCUCUGGUUUUGUUUAGGCCCUCUUUAAGUGAUAUAUAACACAAUGAUGGUUUGUUUUAUGUAAUUGCAAAUAUUUGUCUGGGUUUAUGACAUAUUGCUAUGUUGACCUGCAAUUUAUGGGUAUAGUUAAGUAUGCAUUUGUUUUUUGAUAA